AACUGCAUAUAUUAUAUAAAUUUACAAAUAACCAGUAUUGUGAACUGUAAUACAGGAACAACAAAGGUGAUGGCGGUAUAUUGGGCAACUGCAUGAGUUGUUAUGAUUUGCUGUUUGAUUAGAACACAGAUCUUCAGUACGGCUACAAAAUGAUUUCACGACAGAAAAUUAUAAUUGGAGGAUUGAAACAAUUUCAAUUUUGCCGACAAAUACAGCGUCAUUCAAGUCAUACAACAUCCCCUGUUAAGAGGAUUGCUGCACAUCCAACAUUUAAUUGUCCAUACUUGGGAUCACUUCCAGUCCAACAAGAUGACUACUGCAAAGAUUUUUAUAUGGAGAUAGUAAAUGGCAGUUUAGAAUCCGCCUACAAGAAAUUUGGUCCGAGUACAUGUUUGGAAGGAAAUGAAGUUAAGCAAAGACUAUCAGGCAAAUCUGUUCUGAUUGUUGGAGCUGGUGUGUCCGGGCUUUCGGCAGCUUUUGAAUUAGAAAAAGUUGGACACAGUACACACAUUAUUGAGUUACAACACAGAGUUGGCGGAAGAACAAAGACUCUUCGUGAUGGAUUCUCAGAUGGCCUGCAUGCUGAAGGUGGAGCAAUGAGAAUCCCACCAAAUCACUACCUGACUGAUGGGUACAUUCAGAAAUUCGGCAUCCCUGUUCGCCCCUUCAUUAACUUCAACGAUAAUACUUGGCUUUACAUUGAUGGAGAAAGUAAAAUCAGAACAAAAGAAUGGAAUGAAAACAAUCGAUUUUACUCUACAAAGUUUUUUCCUGGAUGGGACUCUCAUCUGCAAUCUGAUAUACGGCCAAAUGUGGACGGCAUAAUGGAUUUAUAUAAGCGUACAGUAGGACCCGUGAAAGAGGAUUUGUUUUCCCUGAUCAAAGAAAAGGGGCCACAGGAAGGCUGGAAAGAGUGGGUAGAAAAAUGGAGUAAGCUUUCUGUAGAUGAUUUCCUCAGAACAAACAUAAACUCCGACUCAUGUUCUGCUUAUCGGCCAUGGCCAGAAGCAGCUAUCAGAGGAUUGCAGAUUUCGACAUACAGCCCUGCCUUUGGAACAAGUUUAGUUGAAUACCUAAGAGAUGAAUUUGGUAAAUGGUGGACGGAUCGUCUUCAUACCCCUGUCGAUGGUAUGGACACCAUCGCCAAGAAUUUUAUAAAACCUCAACACACAAGUAUAGAAAACACCACUGAUUUGGCAAAACGAAUAACAUUUGGCACUAAAGUACGAAGCGUAAAAAGAAACAUGGAAAAUAAGGUUGAAGUUACUGCACGUAAUGUUAUGACAGGGACAGAUCAGACUUACACAGCAGAUGCUGUUAUUAUUACAGUCCCAUUGACAAUACUCCGACAGAUGGACAUAGACCUUGCAGAGGAUUGUCGUAAAGCUAUAGGUAACAUCCAUUAUCAACCAUCUACCAAAGUUGUUCUCCAGUGCAAGAGCAGAUUCUGGGAAAAAGAAGUUGGUCAAGGGGGAUUCUCAAAAACGGAUUUACCAAUUGGACAGUUACACUACCCCAGUCCUAAUGAUCCGCAUAUACCAAACGGGAGAGGUCUUUUGGUUUGCUAUACAUGGGAACAAGAUGCCUUAAUCUUUGGUUCACAAUCAGAAACUGAAGCAGUUGAAAGUGCAGUUCGAGAAAUCACAAAAAUACACCCUGAAAUGAAGAAUGAGUUUGAGGUUGGAAUGGUUCAAGCUUGGUUCAAUGAUAAUGCAGCACAAGGAGCGUACGCCAGUCUCAUUCCAAACCAAUAUAACAGUGGAAUGAAAACUCUGAUGACACCAGAUCAUCCUAUUUAUCUGGCUGGUGAAGCUAUAUCAUACACCAACGGGUGGAUACAAGGGGCCAUAGAAUCUGGCCUUAAUGCUGCUUAUCAUUUGUACUGUAAUGGUAAAAGAUCAUAACUCUAUAACUUCCUAUGUUUCAUGCAUUUUUAUACCUAAAUUAAAAAAAAAUUGAGAACAA